AUUUUUAAGAUGUUUAUUCAUAUGAUCAGAGCCAGGAAGAUUUUAUUAAUUGGCAAGCUUAAAGGUUACAGUAUCCUUGCUAUCGCAGAAGAAUUGCCAGAUGAUGGCAAAAUCUUUGCAUGUGCAGAAGUGCCGUAUCUCGGAGUGAACAGCCAAGAAGCAUUUGAUUAUUCUUCAGAUGGCAAAAAGAUAAGCAUGCGAGUGGGACCGAUAGCAGACACUUUGGAGGCAUUACAUGCUGAGGAUGAGCACUUUGAUAUGGUCUUUAUUGAUGCUGAUCAAAGGAGUGCUGUUAACUACUACAGCUUUGUCAUGGAUAACCACUUGCUGAGAAUGGAUGGAGUGAUCUGUGUAGAGAAUACACUCAUGAAAGGACAAGUCUACCUGGAGAACAUAUCUGAGGAAAAUGUACUAGCUGUCAGAAAAUUAAACACAAUGAUUAAUUCAGAUCCUCGUGUUGAGCAGAUAAUUUUACCUGUGCAAAAUGGACUGAGCGUCAUUCGAAGGAGCCCUGCACCUCCAGAUGCAGUGAUUGAAACAAAGAAAGAAGUGGUGAGGGAUGACAUCUUCUGGGGUUAUAACAAGCGCCGCAUCCUUGACCGGCUGCGCCUGGAUGACAAGGUGGCCUACGUCACCGGCGGAGGGCAGGGAAUUGGGAGAGCCUUUGCUCAUGCUCUGGGGGAAGCUGGUGCCAAAGUAGCUGUUGUGGACCUGGUCCUUGAGAAGGCAGAAGCAGUGGCACAUGAGCUCAGCCUCAAAGGGAUUAAAAGCAUUGCCCUUGCAGCAGAUGUAAGCAAACCCAAGGAUGUGCAGAGGAUUGUUGAUACGAUUGUGGCUCGAUGGGGCACAGUUGACAUUGCAUGCAACAAUGCAGGAAUCAAUAUGAACUCUGCAAGUGAAGACACUUCACUGGAAGAAUGGGACAAAACUUUUAAUGUUAAUUUACGAGGAUUAUUUUUGUGCUGCCAAGCUGCAGGCCGCAUUAUGCUGAAUCAAGGAUAUGGGAAGAUAAUUAACACAGCAUCUAUGGCAAGUUUAAUAGUUCCGCACCCACAGAAGCAGUUGGCGUACAACGCCUCGAAAGCUGGGGUCGUAAAAUUAACACAGACGUUAGGAACUGAAUGGAUUGACAGAGGAGUAAAAGUCAACUGCAUUUCCCCGGGCAUCGUGGACACGGCGCUCAUCCGCUCCGAGGCCCUGCAGCCGCUGGUGCAGCGCUGGCUGGCGGACAUCCCCGCGGGAAGGCUGGCUCGGGGGACGGACCUGCAGGCUGCCGUCGUCUUUUUGGCCUCUGAAGCCUCCGACUACAUGACGGGCCACAACCUGGUCAUUGAGGGGGGCCAGAGCCUGUGGUGAGGGGUCCUCCAGCCUCCCUUCUCGGGAGCACGGUUCACUUCGCAGAGUAAGUAACAGAGAUUGGGGUAGUCCCAGCUUGGGCCUCUGCAGAGAAGUAGGCAGCUACUCUGAAAUGCUUGUUUCUUCUUUGGGGUGUUGCUUUGGAGACUCAUAUAAUGGGGAAAACAAACAAAAAAACACACAUACACACAAAAACUAACAAUUUAAUUUUCACCAUUUUCAUGUUUUCCACUAUGCUAUCAUACUUCAGUUAUAUUAGCAUUUAGUCAUAUACAGGUAUAUUUACUGCAGUGAGAUUUGGCUAUUAUUUAGUUUAGCAGUGGGUAUUUUUUAAGCAAUCAAUAUUAGCUGAUCUGCGCAGUUUAUUGUUCUUAGGCUAUUUUUUGUAUUCAAGUUGUUCCAGUGACAUCUGUGAAUGGUGAAAAACAGUUGGAUGUAGUGUUAAAAAAAAAUAAAUUAGUUCAUUGCAUUUGAACCUGAAUGUUGCCAUUUUAUAUUUACUGGUGUUCUUAGUUUAUAACAGUGUUUUUAUACAAACACCCACAUAAAUGCCCCUAGAAGAAAAGCAGUGCAUUUAAUGGAGAAUCAUGGUUGGCAACUAUAAUGGCUCUAAUCCAAAGACCAUUGAGGUACGUGGGGGGCUGCUCAUAUACUUUAAAUGCAUGUGUAAGUGUUGAUACAACUGGCUCUACGUUUUCCUUGAUAGGCAGAUGUAAGCAAAGGUCUUCCAAAUUAUUUUCUCCCCGUAAAAUUCUGAACAAAAUUUCUGGGUGUAAAUCAGGGCCAGCCCCAGCAGUACUGAAACAGUCAUGCUGGCUGAAGAGCUCAUCUCAGCAAGACCACUGGGUUCAUGGCUUAUAGGCAAUAAAAUGUGGCACAAUAACAACACUGGUGAUAACGCUCUGAAUUUAUACAGACUUCCAUCCUGAGGGCCUUUAAGCAUAACCUUAGGAGAAUUUACGGGAAGGAAUUCACUUGCAAAUCCUCAUGUCAUUUGUUUUGCAUUUGGCAGCUCUUUGUUACCAUAACAUAAAUAAUUGUGGAUGAAUGUCAUUACUUUGAUUAAGUGCUACAAGUCCAUACAUUGGCUAGCCAUUAUUGUGGUGAAUUGCUAUAAUGGCUUCAGACUUGACAUUCACCGCCACAUUGUAAGGUAUGCAUCUCGCUGACGUACUAUCAUCGUUAUCGUGGAUAAAGUGCAAGAAGAUACUUGUCUUCAUUAAAUUUUCUAUUAGACCAUUGAUAAUUAAUACAUAUCUCAUGUUUCAUCUCAAGUCGUUUUUCUGGGGAGUGUUGCUGUUAAGCGACUCACGGCUAGAGCUUUUUGGCUUGAAAUCCCUGCCUUGUGUGAAUGAUCUAAUUUAUUGACAAUGCUCUGAAAACUCACAAGCUUAAGGAGAGCUCAAUUUUGGAUAAAUCUUCAAGAAAAACAAUUAAGGAUUUAAAUGUUUUAUUAUUUUUCUGGGCUCACACAACCUUUCCUCUCUUAGCUCCCACACUUGCAUCAUUUUGUGUCAUGCUCUGGAGGGCUUGGUGCAGUUCUCACAUCCCUCUGGCUGGCUUUUCACCCAGAGGUUAAUGUGCAAACAUUGGUGAACUCAUCAGGAGCUCUUCCAAGGGAUCCUAGAGGGGCUUGUAUACUAUCGCUUGGACUGCUGGUGAGCAGUUUGUUGCAGCUCCUACCUAAAGUGUAAAAUAACAAACUUUAGCUAAUUUGAAACAUGAACUACAGUUGGCACUGUAACUAAGCAAUGUUCUGGCUUUCUCGGUAGAAAGACAAAGGGCUGCGCAGGCUGCUGGGGUUGAAUUCCCUUUCCCUGUCUGGGAUGGUUGCAGGUUAGCACCGAAAGGCACUGGCAGGGCGCUGCGGGAAGCUGGAGUCUGUUGCCCUGGUGCCGGGUGUUUUUGGGAAGAUUUGCAGUCGGCAGGGGUCAUGCUGUGACUUUUGCAAGCUCCAAAUUAACUUUAAAAACAAGACCCAGACAGAAAAAAAAAAAUAACCCAGACUUAAAAAAAAAAUUAUAUCAAAGUGAUCUCUUAACUAAGCAACCCUCACUGUUUGGACUAGAACUU